UCUGAGAUGCACGCUGAGCAGCAGCCCUGAGGCUGUCAGAGGCAGAGACAAACAACGAAAAGAGAUUGAGAAACAGAGACUGACUCAGUCAGUUAGCAAUAGAAAUAGAAACAGAAAGAGGGGAGUGGGGGCAGGAAACAAACCCCAAGUGCAAACAGCACACUUAGAUUGUCACACACAGCCGGACAGGAGGAGUGCAACUUAAUGUCAGUUCUGCUCCUAGGAAGAAGUCUGGUGGUUUGCGGCCAAGAUCUUGUGAGGUGAAAAGCUGAUGACAACUUUGCUUUGAAACUGAAAAGGACAAAAACAGAAGACUGAGUUUUGACAAAGGGUAGGGAUUUUGCCAUGAGGAAAUCUUCCUAACGGACCUGGAUGUGGAUAUGCCAUCAUUCCUUUUGUGGAUUCAGCAACUCCAGGGAGUGAGGGACCUCUUGAGUGAAAAGGAGACGCAUUUGUGUGAAAAGAUUCAUCUGAGUAAGUAAAGCUCAGCUUGGAACUUGUGUGGUGCAGCCUGGUCGAGAGACAGGGCAGGGGGAGGGGUGGACGCUCCAGCCUGGGUUUCUGUCCUCUGGGAGGGGUCUUUUCAACAUGAGGUUACCCACAAAAUAACUACAUGAGGAUCAGGGGAGGGAAUGAUGUUGACCAUGUGCUGCACUCCUCUUUAACAUGGACAGUUGUGCUCUCUGCUAAUGUCCUGAAGUCUCAGAUGCUUUUCAAUGUAUCCUGAGAUAGGACUGUUCUAUUCUUUACUUGCCAUUCACGAAUGUACACCACUACCCCCCUGACCGACAAUGUCACUCCGCCAUGGACUGAAAAUAUCUCGUCAAAUAACAGCCCUGUCUGCUCCAAGAAUGAUGGAUUUAAAUACCCGCUAUACAGCACUAUCUUCAGCAUUGUGUUUGUGGUGGGACUGAUCACCAAUGUUGUGGCCAUGUACAUAUUCACCUGCUCUCUGAAGCUGAGAAAUGAAACCACAACCUACAUGAUAAACUUGGUAGUCUCUGACCUGCUGUUUGUCUUCACCCUGCCUCUGAGGGUCUUUUACUUCAUCAACCAGAACUGGCCUUUUGGAAACGUGCUUUGCAAGUUGUCCGUCUCGCUGUUUUACACAAACAUGUAUGGCAGUAUGUUCUUUCUCACCUGCAUUAGCGUGGAUCGUUUUUUGGCCAUUGUGCACCCUUUUCGCUCAAGGACAAUUAGGACCAAGCGCAAUGCUAGGAUAGUGUGCAUUGCAGUGUGGGUGCUAGUGCUUUCAGGGAGUCUCCCCACAGGGUUCAUGUUGAAUACCACUUCCAAAGAGAACAACAAUGCUACUGCUACAUUCUGCUUCGAGAACUUCUCCUCCCAUCAGUGGAAGUCUCACCUAUCUAAGGUGGUGAUCUUCAUAGAGACUGUGGGCUUCGUCAUUCCACUGCUUCUCAACGUAUGUUGCUCCAUCAUGGUGUUGCAGACCCUGCGUCGCCCCCAAACCAUCAGCCGUGGGGGAAAGCUCAACAAAACAAAGAUCCUGCGCAUGAUAAUUGUGCACCUCUUUAUUUUCUGUUUUUGUUUUAUCCCCUACAAUGUAAACUUGGUUUUCUACGCACUGGUCCGCACUAAAACCUUGAAGGGCUGUUUUGUGGAGUCCGUGGUCCGAACCAUCUACCCAAUAGCCCUCUGCAUCGCUGUGUCCAACUGCUGCUUUGAUCCCAUUGUGUACUACUUCACCUCAGAGACCAUCCAGAACUCCAUCAAAAGGAAGUCUCAGAGCAAUCGUGGAUAUGACGUCAAGUUUUCGGAAGCCCUGCAGUCAGAAACCAGCUCCAACCUGCAGUGCAGCCUGAAGAAUCUUAAAGCUAAAGUGUUUCACAAUGAGUCGUCAGUGUGACAGUGGGGUUGCUAAACUCAGCAUGAAAGAUAUCAAAAUCCAUUCUUCAAUAGAAAUCCAUACCUCCAUGAGAACAUUGGAAACUGAUUUUUUUUUUUGUGCUUUAUGACUUGCCAAAGAGUAUUAUAUGAUCUCAGUCUUCAUCUCAGGGCAAACAUACUGACUUGGCACUGACAUCCUGUGUUCUGCAGUGUUACUCUAUGACCCUUUGUUCACAUCUGUGGAUUCAUUAUUACUGCUUACAAAUAUCACUUACCUGUGGAAUAUACUGUAAUUGUAUUAUGUUUAAUUACUCUGCCAGUGACCUGGGAGGAAAUGUGAUCACUGAACAGCAGGACAGUUAUGAUACUGAAUGCUACAUGUGCUUGUAUAUCUGUACAUUUCUGUGGUAAGUUGUGGUGCUAACUUUAGAAUAGUAUCUAUUAAAUUAAAUGUAUAUCAAGCUAUAGAUUGUACAGGGCCUUUUACUUGUUUUAUUUGUACGUUACAAAUAGAAGUGCCGAAGUGCCUUUUUUUUCUGGCGGCACUUCAUUGUAGACUCUGUCAUUAUUGGCAAUUUAAUGCACUGACACAGAAUUUCAGAUACUGCACUCAUGCCACAGUGAUG